AUGCCGAUGAUGAGAGCAACGAGAGCAAGGGAGGACGACGAAGAUGAAUACGAACGUCCUACCAAGCGUACAAAGCUUUCCGAUGCUGCUACCCUCGAAUCAGAAGACGAAUACCACUGCAACAGCGAACCUUCACCAUGUUGCUACGCAUUUCCUUGCAUCUGCCCCGCAGGCCUCCAGCAUCCUUGGGCAGUCGAUUCGAUGGACAGCGGCUACAACAGCAACGUCUCGUCUCCCUCCGAAACCGAUCGAAACACCAGCCGCCGUCUCUCCUCCGACGAUUAUCCCACCCCACGAGAACUCGAAGCCGAUAGAGCCCGCAGAGCCCACAAGAAGAAGAAGGACAGGAAGCACAGGAGAGACAAGAAGGAGAAGAGCAAGACAAGAACCGUCAUAUACGAUAAGGAUGGCUUGCAGGUCAUGCCUCAUGUCAAACUCGAGCGACCGAAGCGCAAGUACAACUGGUCUAUCUGGUUCGACGGAUACAAUGACGAGGCCGACUUCUUGAAGAGGAAAGGAAUUGAGAUUCGGCAGCAAAAUCAAGAAGGAAAGGCGAGCAAGAAGAGACACACCCCAGCACCCGAGCCCACGAAGGCGGACGAUCGCGAGACCAAGGACGAGUUCGAGAGAUGGCAAUAUAUGACCGAGCAUGGCUUCAAGUCCAAACCCUGCCCCAAGAUCUACCUACCUGGCUACUGGCGAAGAGUUGCCGACGAUAGCAAGGAGCUGGACUUCCUCAAGGACUCUGCGAAGGAACAUUAUGCAGCACAAUCAGGAGACCGAUGGUGGCAGAUGUUUGAUUACGCCGAAGGCUUCAUCAACAAGGCCGAGCAGAUUGGCUGGGAGAAGCAUAUACACGAUAACAGAGAGAGAGCACGACGAUCUGUAUGGCACAACAAGAAGUUCUUUCAACACAAAGAGAGUUGCAAGAGUGCGAAUCCGUUCCACAAAUCACGGCUGCGGGAGAUGAAGUCUAACGAAGCUCGAGAAUCGACUCAACCGCGGACGAGCCACUUGCGCUGGCAAGUCAAGGAUGGGUUCAAGAGUGGAUUGGCGGCGGCGGCGGUUUCUGUGGACGACUUUGAAGCUAUUGAGAACGAGAGCGAGGCUGAGACUGUCAUUGAAGGUGGUGAGGAAGGUGAUAGUGACUCGGAGAGUUUGUCUGGUGAGAGUGAUAAGGACGCGGAUGAAUAA